GCUAACUGAUAACGCACAUCAAAAUGACGCAAGACAUGACAGAAAGUAAUUGCAUUCUGGACUUCAUGACGAAAUUCAGAGGUUCCCGACGUUUGGUUCUACUCAUUGUAGCUGUAGCACUGCUAUUGGAUAACAUGCUACUGAGCUCUGUUGUGCCUAUCAUUCCUGCAUAUCUUUAUGAGCUACAUCAUCAGCAAGAUUUGAAGAAGCUAAACGUGACCGAUCGUCCGACAUCCUCCAAAACCACAGAAACCAAUUUACGCGCAGAAGGAUUGGUGGCACAAGAUUUGAGAACAACAACACCAUCGCUUCAGGAACUGUGUGAUCGACUUCAAACUCCGGAGGACUCGAGUUCCAAUGGUCGAAAGAAGCAAAGGGGUAGAGGUAAGAAUGUCGUGACAACUACUGAAGAGGAAGAAGAGGCUGAAACGACGACAGAACCCGCGAUAACGACAUUGUCGCCAGAAAUGAAAGAGCUGCGUCAUCAUGAAUUAGUAGAAGAGAAUGUGGAAGUGGGCAUUAUGUUUGCCUCUAAACCGAUUGUCCAAGCAAUAACAAAUCCAUUCAUUGGACCGCUUACAAACAGAAUAGGAUACAGCAUUCCUAUGUUUAGUGGUUUUGUAAUAAUGUUUGUUUCAACACUGCUUUUUGCCAUGGGUACGAGCUAUCCAAUGUUAUUUAUUGCCAGAUCUUUACAAGGUGUUGGAUCUGCGUGUACAAGUGUAGCAGGUAUGGGGAUGUUGGCGGCUUUCUAUCCAGAUGACAGAGAAAGGGGAAAUGCUAUGGCUCUAGCACUCGGUGGUUUGGCUCUGGGUGUGAUGAUUGGUCCUCCAUUUGGAGGAGUCAUGUACGAGUUUGUUGGACGUGCUGCUCCUUUCCUUAUAUUAGCUUUCAUAUCACUCUUUGAUGGAUUGUUACAGCUAUUGGUUCUUCAACCUAAAGUAACGAAAGAAGAGCAAGAAGGAGCUUCACUGCUCACACUCAUCAGAGAUCCUUACAUUUUGGUUGCAGCUGGGGCCAUAACGUUUGCCAACAUGGGUAUAGCGACGCUUGAGCCGUCACUCCCUCUUUGGAUGAUGGACACAAUGAAUGCCCCUAAAUGGCAACAGGGGGCAGCAUUCUUACCCGCAAGCAUUUCUUAUUUAAUUGGAACUAACGUUUUUGGACCUCUCGGACACAGGAUCGGAAGGUGGCUCUCCUCUAUGAUUGGACUCUUAGUGAUUGGAGUUUGCCUUAUUAUGAUUCCAUUCGCAACUAACAUAACGCACCUCAUCGUACCCAACGCAGGAAUUGGUUUUGCAAUCGGUAUGGUAGAUUCUUCCAUGAUGCCUAUGCUAGGCUAUCUAGUAGACAUAAGACACACGUCUAUAUAUGGAAGUGUAUAUGCCAUUGGAGAUGUAGCUUUUUGUGUUGGCUUCGCAAUAGGUCCUAUGAUGAGUGGAAGCAUAGUAAAAGCUAUUGGCUUCACAGGUUUAGUGUGGUGCAUAGCAGUUGUUAGUUUCGUAUAUGCUCCUCUAAUGUUUCUAUUACGAAAACCACCUGGUAGAGCAGAGGAUCAAGUAAGUACCAUCAAUUCAUAAUAUCAGUAAUUAGUGGAAAAAAUGAAUAGUUGGGGAACCUAUAAGUCUCUUUAUGUACAGCGAAGGUAAUACUAAACAGU